AUGCAUAUUGGAACAUGGAAUGUGAGAACACUACUGCAAGCGGGAAAACUGGAGAAUGCUAAACAGGAGAUGAAGAGAAACAGAUUGGAUGUAAUGGGAAUGUGUGAGAUGAGAUGGGGAGGUAAUGGUGAACUGGUGAGUGGGGAUUACAAGUUGUUCUAUUCAGGAGAGGAGAAACAGGGACAACAUGGAGUGGGAGUAUUGCUAGGACCUAGGGUCAAGGAUAAAGUAAGGAGAGUGGACUACAUAGAUGGCAGGCUGAUGAUGGUGAGACUGGAAGGAUCUGAGAAGGAUUUAGUAAUAGUUCAGACAUACAUGCCAACAAGCCAGUAUGAUGAAGAACAAGUGGAUCAGUGCUAUGGAAGGAUGGAAGAAAUAAUAGAAAGAGAGGCAAGGGGGGCAAGUAUUAUGAUUAUGGGUGACUGGAAUGCGGUUGUGGGAGAGGGAGCUGAAGGAACUACUGUUGGAGGCUUUGGAUAUGGCACGAGGAAUGAAAGAGGUACAAAAAUGAUCAAUUUCUGCAAAGACAAGUCUUUUGUAGUGGGCAAUACCCUGUUUGACCAUCCAAAAAGAAGGAGGUACACUUGGACAUCAUCAUUGGAUGAAGAAAGAUAUCAGCUUGAUUACAUAUUAAUACAGAAAAGAUUCAGGAACUGUUUGAAGAAUGCAAAGACAUACCCUGGAGCAGACAUAAACUCUGAGCAUAACCUGGUGGUAGCAGAGGUGGAAAUAAAACUGAAACGAGUUAGAGGAGGUAAAAGGGUUGAAAAACUUAAUCUGGAGUUGCUCCAGGAAGAGGGUAAAAGAAAUGAAUUAGUAAACAGGUAUAGUGCAAAGAGAAAGGAAAGGAAAGAAGAAAUAAAUGAAGAAUGGAGCAACAUGAGUAAAUGCCUGAAAGAAGCUGCAAAAGAAACUGUAGGGAUAACAAAGUCUAGAAGAAUACGCAAGGAAUGGAUUAAUGUUGAUAUGCUGAAGAAAAUGGAAGAAAGAAGGAAGUGGAAAAAUGAUAAAACAGAUUUAGGAAAGAGAACGUACAGGAAGCUUGACAAUGAAUUAAGAAGAGAAACAGACAAAGCUAGAAAUAAAUGGCUACAAGAAAGAUGUUUAGAAAUUUAA